ACCAAUUUGAAAUGUCAUAUGAAAAAUGGAAAACUGCAAAAACUAGACCAUCUUACACAACAAUGGCAUGGUCAUUAGUUUUGGCAGCAUUUGAAAGGGACACAUUACUUCGUAGUAAUUACCAUGGAGGUGUUUCAAAAAAAAAAAACAAUGAUGGAGAUAAUAAUAUUAAACUUCAACGACUUAAUGAUAAUAUUAUAAGCAUUAUAAAAGAAACUGUAAAAGAAAAAUUUCCAACGAAAUUUAAUGCUGUAACAUUGGGCUCAAAUAUCAAUACACGAUUGUCACAGUUACGAAAUAAUACAAAAAUUGAAUAGAUAAAUUUUUAU